AGAUCAAACGCAACGAAAAUUCGGUAAAAAGAUGCAGUUCGUAUCGAUGAAACGUUUGAUCUUCUUCAUACUCCUCGCCUCUUCGAGCAUAGAAACCAAACGUUCUGCAAAACUUCUAACAAUAAAGAACAGAGUAAUAAUGCUACGCAGAAGAGGAGGCCCUGGACGCGACGAUUUCAAACCCAAAAUAUGCUUUGAUCAUGUUGGUUGUUUUGCUGAUCCACCGCCUUAUUUGACACUGAAACGGCCACCGGAGCAUCCCAGCGUGAUACAAACUAGAUUCUUAUUGUACACUUCUGAGAAAAGGGAAUCCCCCGAGUAUCUCCGAUACGACCAGGAUUUCAAGACCAUUAUGCAAUCGCAAUUCGAUGCAAAGAAGCCUCUGAAAAUCGUGAUACACGGUUACAAGGGUAGCGGAAGUGACGUUGGGUCUAUUCGUCUGGUACAGAGUCUACUGGAUUUGGAAGACGUAAACGUCUUGGUACUGGACUGGACAAGAGGCGCCGCGACAACGUAUUCAGCAGCAGUGGCAAACACCGAGUUAGUAGGUCGACAAUUAGGCUUGGUCCUCCUGGACAUAAUAAAUCUGGGCGUUCCCCCUGAAAAGAUUCACAUAGUUGGCUUCAGCCUCGGCGCCCACGUUGCUGGUUGCGCCUCAGAGAUCUUAAAGAAGAGGAAUUUCCUCCUGGGCCGCAUAACAGGCCUGGACCCCGCAUCCCCGUUCUUCAGGAACCACUUGCUCAGGGAGAAAUCCAGGAAACUGGAUGCCACCGACGCUCAACUUGUGGAUGUGAUUCAUACGGACGGAUCUGAGGAUUUUGCGGAUGGUUUUGGACUUUUGAAACCGCUUGGUCAUAUUGACUUCUUCCCCAACGGUGGUAGAGAACAACCUGGUUGCACCGACGUGAAGAACUCUGUUGUUGUUAGCCAUUUGAAGGAGGAUAUGUUAACUAAGGAGAUUGCGUGCAGUCAUCUGAGAGCCUGGCAGCUCUUCCUGGAGAGUGUUCGUAUGGAUAAUCGGUCUUGUAAGUUCACUGCCUGGCCCUGUCCUCAAGGGAGAACUUCUUACGCCAGUGGAUUGUGUUUCCCCAUGGAAUCUGCAUUCUGGACUCAGGAAAUGGGUUACAGGGCUAAUCGCGGUUCCUUGGGGAUUUAUUACUUGCCAACGAGAGAGGAAGGACCAUUUUGCGGACAGCCUCUUAGAGCGUCGGUGAUCGUCUCCAAAGAAACUGCAAAAACAUCGGGAAUAUUGUUCUUAAAGAUAGCGGACCGCGAUUUAACGAUGACCUUCAAACUCCGAUGCACAUUAACGAACCGGAGGAACGAAUGGACGACUUUCUACGAUAUCGCAGCGAAGGAAUCACUGCUUGAUAAUCAGUCGAUGAUAAAAGCACAGAUUUGGUACCAGACUCUCGUUAACGAGGCAGAUGAAACCACUAAUAAAUAUUUUUCAGAUACAUUGUAUAUAAGCAAACUAGCUGUUGAAGAUAGAAAAGGCAACAGAUGGGAAUACUGUGCUCCAAAUACUGCUGUGAAUUACCAGGAAAGAUCUGUGGUUCUACAACGAGGAUAA